CUCUGCUUGAUUUCAUCCGCCUUUUUUGCAAGCCUCGCACAUCUUCCCAAAGACAUGGACUCAUUCACCACUUACUUCUCGCUCGCGGCUAAGGCUGAGGACAUCUCAUCACAAGCACCCGUCGACGAGGAAUCCGGCGGCUCAGGCAACAAUGCCUACUGCGUCAUCAACAUCAGCAUGCAUUUUUUUAUGAGAAUCUUGCGACACCUUGACCAUCCGACUUCACGGUCAUCUCACUUCGCGUGGCCAUCAUCCAACAAACCAUUUCCACCACUCAGCACCACAUUCCCACCUUUCAAUAUACCGUCCUCCUUCAUUAAUGACGACAAUACCAUUACCAUUCAACCGCACCAUUAUCAUCAUUUGACACCGGCAUCCACAUUCAUCGGGACUCUUUUUUUCUUUCUGCUGCAGUGCUUCCUUUCACUUUUAGAGGGACACCAAAUUCGUAGACAACUUACUUUUGACUUCGUUCUAUUACAUACUUGUGUUUUGUGAAGGAGUUAGACAGAGACAAUGAAAUGCACAUUUCGAAAA